AUGCGCUGCAGCCGCUACGCAGAUGUGAUCGUGGAUGUGUGUGUGCUCGUCCUUCUCGUGCGAAACGCGCGUGUCUGUGUGAGUGCGGAUCGCUUUGGAGGCUCCCGCGGUUUGCGUCACCCGCCCAAUUUUCACGACAUUUACUCCGGAAUGGCAGAGGGCCACCAAGUGCAGCAUGCCUCCCUGCCACAGGGUUUGAAAGCUUACCCGCUGCCUGUCUACGGGUCUAACCACGAGCUGCAGUUGAACGUCACGUGGCUGCCCAGUGAUGGUCCACCAGUAUCGGAUUACUCCAUCGAAUUGCGCAGCGUCACCGAAACGGUGGACUGCAUGAUGACGAUGUGCUACGAAUUCAACAUUCCAGGGAUCUCCCGAUGGUGGGUUGUUCCGAUGUACCCCAGCUCAGUGGCAGAGAGCUGUGCAAUCAGACCUGGUUGCGCGUACACCGUUCGCCUUAUCGCCCACCCGUGGGAUGGACACACUUCCGCCAACCUCAACAUUGAACUUGACGAGUGCGUGGUGGGUGUGUGCUCAUGCGCCCACGCUCCUCGCUUGCCCACACCCCGUGUGUCUGCGCGCACCGUAUCAAUCCAUGGGGAGCUCUUUAUUAAUGUCACUUGGGAGACUCCUCCGCCACCUUUCCCGUACCGGCUACCCCCCGGCCUGCGGAAGCGGUACUACUUUGUCAGCAUCGGCAAGCAAAUGGUAUCGGAUGCGCAUCCGUCGCCUUGGUUCGCCCACACCAUAUCGCGUAAGGUAGAAGUGGAGGCACCAGUGGCGGUCCCUGAGGGACCCCGGUCGAUUUUGCUGUCCACGGUCGAGCGUAGCGAGCCACGGAAUAGGCAGCAGGGCGAGGCUCGACCACAUAAUAUCGUCCUUGACGUGAAGCUUCUCGCGCGCGUCAACUUGAUAGAUGAGCGCGGAUGCGUCGGGCCGGCUGGAAACGCUACUGCUUACGAUCCUACAGAAGCCAAUAAAGUCUCAAUAGCAACUUACGUGGUGUGGGCUGUGUUUGGUGGCGCGUGUGUGAUAGCAGCAGCCACACUAGUAGCGGUGGGCACGCGGGUCGCGAAACGUCUACUAAGGUCGCUGAGGCCAGCCGCCGUCACCAAUCCCCUGAGCCCUCUACGCAACCGCCCAACCUGGUUCCCGCUCUCAAUCAACGGG